UUCCACAUCAAGAUGCGUUUCUGUCUGCUGUUCUUUUUGGCCCUGAGCUGCUGUCUGCUGCAAUUCUCUGUCGCCGGAGUGAAUUUGGUGCGCGGACUAGAGGCGGCCGGGCAUCAUCAUAACUCCACGGGCUCACCACCACCGCGUGGUGCUCGUCCACCUCCACGCACCACCACCGUCAGCUCUGCGGGAUAAAUGGCUUGGAAACACAUGAGAAAACUGGCUAAGCCCACUGACAGACCACUGAAAUGAACCCUAGCUUCUUAUAGUCCUUCAGCUUCAAAAUAAAGAGCAUCCAUUGCAGCAUAGAG